AGGUGAGGCAGGGCGGCGGUGAGGAGGAGGGGGUGUGCGCUCGGUCCUGCGGGGCUGGGAGUCUCCGCCCGGCAGCUCCCUACCUUCCGGGCACGAGCGAGCGAGGGAGGUUUGCUACUCGUGAAAUGUCGCAGGCUGCAUGUCCGAGACCUACGAUUUCCUGUUUAAGUUCUUGGUCAUAGGAAAUGCUGGGACUGGAAAAUCCUGUUUGCUGCACCAGUUUAUUGAAAAGAAAUUUAAAGAUGAUUCAAACCAUACCAUUGGAGUGGAAUUUGGUUCAAAGAUCAUAAAUGUCGGUGGCAAAUAUGUGAAAUUGCAGAUAUGGGAUACAGCAGGACAAGAGAGAUUCAGGUCUGUAACAAGAAGUUACUAUAGAGGGGCUGCAGGUGCUUUACUUGUCUAUGACAUAACCAGCCGAGAGACCUACAAUGCGCUCACUAAUUGGCUGACGGACGCAAGAAUGUUAGCAAGCCAAAAUAUUGUGAUAAUACUGUGUGGAAACAAAAAAGAUCUUGAUGCAGAUCGUGAAGUAACCUUUCUAGAAGCAUCCCGGUUUGCACAAGAGAAUGAGCUGAUGUUCUUGGAAACAAGUGCACUAACAGGGGAAAAUGUUGAAGAGGCCUUUGUACAGUGUGCAAGAAAAAUACUCAAUAAAAUUGAAUCAGGAGAAUUAGAUCCGGAAAGAAUGGGCUCAGGUAUUCAGUACGGAGAUGCUGCCUUGAGACAGCUGAGAUCACCACGAAGAGCACAAGCACAAAGUGCUCAGGAAUGUGGGUGUUAAAGAAGAGAAACACAAAAUCCAAAAUACUCACUUUAGAUACAGAAGCUGUCCGUGCAAAUGGUGUUUGAAGAAAUAAAGCUUGGAAGCUGUGCAGUUUUGAAAACCAUCUUUCCGCUGUGUACAGACAGAGCAGAGCGCUGCUGCCAGAGAGGUGCACCGUGCGCUAUGGAGCGGGAACCUUCGCGAGGCACAAAGCCUGCACAGCGAACCUGCUGACCCAGCGGGAAGUUGUUAAAGUGAUACCUGUAUGUAAACAUUUUCCAUUACCUGUUUUUUAUUUCACCUUUAGUUGAAGGCGUUACUAUACACUGUAAAUAAUAUAACAGUAAAUUUACAAAGCAUGAUAUAUAUAUAUAUAUAUAUGACGAUAGAACGUUGCACUACAACAGUUUAAUAUUUUAUUUUUUUAUCGUAGAAACUAAAAGUUAACCCAAGUAGGCUUUGCCAUGUCUGUUGCCUAAUAGUUCAUAUUUAUGCCAUGAAUUAUAAAGCCACUGCCAGUGUCAGUGAGGGAUGGCUGUUUUUUCUCCCCUCUGUUUCUUUUGCCGCAUUCUGACAAGGUGUUUAUAUGACUGGUUCUCGACAUGGGGUUAGUUUUGUUUGCUUAGUCUGGGUGAUGCAUCAAGUUGGAAAGGGUAUUUUUAUCGAAGUUCACCUGUUCUAUCACAGUUUGUACAUAUCAUCUUUUGAAGCUCCUUUAUCAAACUGUAAAAGUUCAGGAAAACAUACUUUAAGUCACUCAAAUGGCUGUCAACUGAUGUGGAUUUUGGAGUUCCUGUUUUCUUGGUUCUGAUGUUUUGUAUAGCACCGGUGUCAUGAAGAUAGUACGUAUAUGUGAACAGAAUUGCGCAUCUUCUGUGUGUUUUGUAAUUCUGGUGGUGGGGUGUGGGCUUCUGGAGGCCUAUCAAUCACAGUAGGAGCUCUAUAGCAGCUCUGUUAACCUGAUUGCUAACUAAGCAAUCACCUGUGGGGGAUAAAUGAGUCUGUCUUGUGAGAGCCCUUCCUUUUGAACUUUCGGGGAAAAUAUGGGACGUAACACUGUCAACAUUGCUUCCAGGAGACUCACAGGAAGGAAGAAGAAAAUAAAUGCUGCUGAUGUAGUUCUUUCUUCCUGUGAAACUCAUCAGGAGAAACUUCAGCCAUAGUGCCGUGUUUAAAAAAAACCACAACAAAACCAGUUCAUACUUCCCUUCUUGCCUUCUUUACAUGGCAGGCAGGAGGUAUGGGGUGAGGGGUUAGGAAUCCUGUUGUCAUGGCUCAGCUGGAGACGGAAAAGACUGGCAGAGGGCUUAAGCAUGAGGACAGAACCAUGAGUAGUAUGUAUCAUUAUUACAAUGUCAUGGCAACUGACUGGGUAAGAGAAGUGGCUUUUACAUUGCCAGAUAAGGAGCUGUGGAAAGCGUUUCUAGAGGAAUCUGAACUCCAACUGUUGUCAGGAGGGAAACGAUAUUUCACUUGUAUGGACAGAAAUUGCUAGUGAUGUUUCUACUUAGUUCCUUAUAUAACCGGAAAUUGGAUGUCUCUUUGGAAAUGCAAAUGAACACAGAAAAUAGUUUAUCUCAUCAGAACACAGUAUGGAAAUUCCAAGGACAAACAUGCUUUAUUUUCUUUAUGUGAGUAUUUUUUAUUUAAGGGACACCUGUCAGAUGCACGUUUAAAAACUAAAUCAGAAAGCUGAACUGCUGCUGUGAUUCAGAGGGCAGUUGAGCACACGAGCAGACCAAGGAUGCUACAGAGAAGGAGGUAUUCCAUCUUUCCAUGGUAUUAGAAUCGUGGAAAAAAUAACUGUCCUGACAUCUUUGGUUCAAAUGGUUGUGUAUCUCAAAACUAUAUACCUUGGCUAUCUCUGAAAUAAAAAUAUGAAAUAAUUUAAUUAACCCAGACCCUUCCAGGACACAGUAUGUCUUUAAAAGACUGCUAAGUCUUUUAAAAGUCUUUGUUACAGCUCUCUGCUGUGUCCUCUGUUUUAUUUAGGAUUUAGAUUUGUUGCAUGACUAAUAAUAAUUCUUCCUAACGCAUAUUCUGUGCUCUAUAAAAUGUUUUUUGGUUGGUUUUUUUUUGAGGCAUCUUAAUUCAGUAUUUACAAGACUGUAAAAGGAAGAACUCCAAAUAAACCUUACCUGUCAGUCAUAACAACUUCAUUUGCCUUACACUACUCCAAAAUCAGGUGGAGUUACCAAAAGCAGUCCCCUGUAGUAGAGGCUGGAUGCAGUUAGUUCCUCUGCCGGUCCCAAUGGCCUGCUGUUCAGCUCUGAUGUUUUGCAUUUUAGCCAGAGUUGUGGAGGACGGUGAAGUGAAGGGGAACGUUCUGAAACACCAAACUGUUACUGAAAUGCUGGAAAAAAUAGUAGAGGAAUCCAUUUCCCAUUCAUCUAAUCAGUUUUCUUGGUACAAUGAUGAAGGGAAAGCUGAGCACUUACCAGUUGUGACAUAGCUAAAAGGCUCCCCUUCUGUCACUGUUAAAAUGGUGGAAGUGGGGUUGGCACUUGAUUGAAACUUAUUAUGUUGGCCGUGUUUGCUAGUUUUCCUCUGAGUAUUUAUUUCU